UCCAUCCUUUGGAAAGAGGGGAAGGGAGGGGGCCGCGUCUCUCUUUCCUUCCUUAAUCUGCCCCUUGCAGGAGCGCCGCAGGCCGCUCCCGUUUGGACUUUUGUCCUGAUGGGCGAGCUUCGCCCCUAAAGUUACUCAGAGAAGUCGGAGCGAGAGGUCGGCCGGCGGGGGAGGAGGCGAGGAGGAAGGAGAAAAGUUUUCACUCACUUUUCUGCUUCUUCUUCUUCUUCUCCUCGGAGGAGGAGGGAGAGCCCCUCCCAGCUCAAGAGAGGGAGCGAGAGAGAGAGAGAGAGAGAGCGCGAGGAGAUAGGGAUGCUACCGCUUGCAACAGGCAGGAGCAGCGGCAGUCGGGCUGAGUAACACGUCCCCAGGAGACGAGCAGGAGCCACACGUGAUGUGUCUCCUCCGGAGGGCGAGCGAGGGCCAGAGGCGCUGCUGAGCGGGCAGGGGGGCGCGCGGCUCCGGAGGGGUCCCUAACUCGGCGCAUCUUCCUCCUUCGGGGAGCAGAGGAGGAGGAGGAAGGGAAGUUAUUGCAGAUGAACUUUGCACAUCCAUAGAAACGCCAUUUUGAAUUUGAUUCCUCCCCCCCCACCCCUCUCCUCCUCCCUCCCUCCGGAACAAACUUCUGCUUCUUUGGAUAAUUUCGAAGUUUUUCCCCCCAUCUCCGUUUGGGGACCCCUCCCGUCGGUUUCUUCGGUUUUGUUUUCCUCCCCCCGCCCCCGUUCCCGUGCCUCCUCCUCUUCUUCAUCACUUCCAGCUUUUCCAUCAUGGCUCGAGUCAAGCAGCCCAGCUCGGAAGAAGUCAAACGCAGUGUUGUCCCGGUGCCCCAUCAGCACUAAUACCGAAGCGACACUACCAGUCAGUGACGACCACCAGAAUCCCAUUUGCAUCAUUGCUUGGAAAGCAAGGAUAGAUCCAUGCUUUUAAAGUGUUAACCGGUGCUGCUGAGGAAAAAAGACUCCGGAUCUAGAUGGCGCUAAGCCUGCCACACUGACACAGGAGAGCAGCAAGCAAGGAGGGGACAGCUCACUGGACAGUGUCAGAAGAAGAGCAAUGAAGAGAACAAACCUGGAAUCUUGAGCAGUUCUGCAGCAACGUCACGGUUAUCCAACUGUUGAAGGCACGGAUUUCUCCUCUGUUGACACCAUAAUGGCAGCUGUCAUGAGCUUGGGGAAGAUGCCCGGAAAUGGCACGGUGUCUCCAAACACUAAAUCCCCAACAAAAUCUCUUACUCCUAAUCGGAUUGGCCGUAGAAACCAGGAAACAAAAGAUGAGAAGUCUUCCUAUAUAUGUCCUCUGUGUGAAAAGAUUUGCACUACUCAGCAUCAGCUGACCAUGCAUAUUCGUCAGCACAACACUGACACUGGAGGGACAGACCAUUCCUGCAGCAUCUGUGGAAAGUCUUUGAGCUCAGCAAGCUCCCUGGAUCGCCACAUGCUUGUGCAUUCAGGGGAAAGGCCUUAUAAAUGCUCGGUGUGUGAUCAGUCGUUCACUACCAAUGGAAACAUGCACAGACACAUGAAAAUCCACGAGAAGGAUCCGAAUGGCGCCACGACGGCAACGCCUCCCUCCCCACUGAAGCGCCGACGGUUGUCCGCCAAACGGAAACUCAGUCAAGAGCCUGAGACGGACAGGGAGGACCAAAGCCCCGCCAAAAAGGUUGUGGAGGACUCACAAAGUGGCGACGCUGAGAAGAAAGCGGAGGAGGAAGUGUACCGUUGUCCAGUGUGUUUCAAGGAAUUUUCUUGCAAGUAUGGGCUCGAAACCCACAUGGAGGCACACCCAGAUACUUCUCUGAGGUGUGACAUCUGUUGUAUUACCUUUCGCACCCACCGGGGCUUGUUGCGGCAUAAUGCAGUCAUUCACAAACAGAUUCCACGAGACCCAUCAGGAAAGCCUUUUAUUCAGAACAACCCCUCAAUUCCAGCAGGCUUCCAUGACUUGGGAUUCACAGACUUCUCUUGUAGGAAAUUUCCUCGCAUCUCGCAGGUCUGGUGUGAAACCAACCUUCGGAGAUGCAUCAGUGAGUUCCACCGAUACGUCUGUGAGACGUGCAACAAGGCCUUCCCCAUGCGGUCUGCACUCAGACUGCACAUGGAGACCCACCCAGCAAGUCAGGGCAAAGAGAAGCACAACCCGCAGUCGGAGGAUGGAGACCUGAAAGCUUACAUGGCAUCCUUGGGACUGCAACACACCAAAGACAUCCAGCCCAUCAAGCAGGAGGAGCUGGUGCCAGACGAGGUCCAAGAAACACAGCUAAGGACAUUGAAAUGUAACCUACCUCAGGAACCUGGUAGUGCUAAUCAGAUGAACAUGUCCCCUCUGGAGGCGGCUUCUGUAGGUGGGCCUUUUUCGGUCCUUCCCCCUACAAAAGAGAAUCUGAAGCUCCUGUCACUACCGCCUUACCAGAAAAGCUUCAUCAUUCAGCCUGACAACAGCAUCAUAGUCAAGCCCACCUCUGAGCUAGCCGAUAUCCAGCAGAUCUUAAAGAUGGCUUCUUCUGCAACCCCCCAGAUCAGCCUCCCACCCCUUUCUAAGGCACCUCUUGUUGGUGCGCACACUGUUUUCAAGCAUAUGCCAUCACUGAAGCCAAAGCCCUUGGUAGCCCCCCGGACGGUGGUCGCAACCUCAACGCCUCCUCCGCUGGUCAAUACGCAGCAGGCUUCUCCUGGGUGCAUCAGCCCAAGCCUUCCUCCAGUGCCACCCAGGCUGAUCAAAACCUCUGAAGAAUCAACCUCGAACUCCUACAGCAAAUCCGGAUCCAAGCUUAGCCUUUCUCCCCAGACGGAGCCUCUGAGCCAGCAUGAAAUGAAAACUCAGUUGGAGCAAGACAGCAUCAUGGAGGCCUUUCUGCCUUUGACGAUGGAAGCAAAAAUCAAGCAGGAGGUGACGGAGCGAGACCUCAAAGCGAUGAUCUCCGGGGCGGCGAACAAGAAGACCCCAGCCAUGAGGAAAGUCUUGUAUCCGUGCCGGUUUUGUGACCAGGUGUUUGCUUUCUCGGGCGUCUUGAGAGCUCACGUCCGCACCCACCUGGGCAUCUCCCCGUACCAGUGCAACAUCUGUGAUUACAUUGCAGCGGACAAGGCAGCUCUGAUCCGGCACUUGAGACACAGCGGGGAGAGGCCGUACAUCUGCAAGAUCUGCCACUACCCUUUCACAGUGAAGGCCAACUGCGAAAGGCACCUGCGCAAGAAGCACCUCAAGAUUACCAGGAAGGAAAUAGAGAAGAGCAUCGAGUAUGUCACCAGCAAUGCGGCGGAGAUGGUGGACGCCUUCUGUUCCCCGGACACGGUUUGCAAGUUCUGCGGGGAGGACUUGAAGCAUUACCGGGCGCUCCGCAUUCACAUGAGGACGCACAGCGGCUGCCAGAAGAAGAAACCAUUCGAAUGCAAAGUGUGCGGGACCAGCUUCUUGGCCAAGCGAAACUGUGUCCAUCACGUCCUCAAGCAGCACUCGUACGUCCAAGAGACCGAGGUGGACAACUAUGUGCUGACGGUGGACUGCACUCUUUCAGAGAGCCAGCCGGGGACUCUGCUACUGGAAGACAGCACUUACAUGGACUGCAAGCCCAUGGCACCUUUUAGAGAACCUCAGAACGGCUUCUUAAUUGGCACCCCCUCUCACCCGCCGAUCAAACUUGAAACCACCAACAGCUUCCCUAUGGAUUUUGACGAACCUUUAGAUUUCUCGCAAAAGAACAAAAACCUGAACUCUGUGCUCGUGAAACAGGAAAAUCCGUUUGGUUCUUCUCUGUAUGACAGUUCUAUGGAGCCCAUAGACUUGUCGAUCCCCAAAGCUCCAAAUAAGGAAAAAGAGGAGAAUCCCAUCAGUGAGGAGGAGGAGGAGAAGAAGAAGAAGGAGUUCCUCAGUGGGAAAGGUGAGAAGCUCCAUAAUUUUCAGCCGUCUCCUGCCCCAGUGAAUGGAAACUUGGAAAGCCAAGUCCUCAGACAUUCCCAGCCAUUGAAGGGUCCGUUGCAUUUGACUCUCCCAAUCAUUUCUCCGGCCCUUCUGGGGAACUCUGCUUUGCUGCGCCCCUUGAGGCCUAAGCCCCCACCCCCGCUCUUGCCAAAGCCUGCCAGCACUAAAGAGCUGCCCCCCCUCGCUUCCAUUGCUCAGAUAAUUUCAUCUGUGUCUUCUGCUCCUGCGUUGCUAAAAACGGAGGUCGCAGACUCUUUUCCCCUGGCGGCCGGCGGCUCCACUGGGUCUGACAAAUCAGGGAGUUCCAAACCAAAAGCAACCAUUGCGACUGCUGUCGAGGCAGAUGCCGGCGUUUCCAGCGACUUGGCCCAAAGGGCGUGCAGUCCCGAGAGGCUACCAAAGCCGGCCUCUUCUGGAUCCAGGAAGAAAAGAGGCAGGAAGAAAGGCACGAGAAACAAGCCCAAAGGGAGCGGUGGCGUGGAUCUGGAGUCGAGCGGCGAGUUUGCGAGCAUCGAGAAGAUUCUGGCUACCACGGACACGAACAAGUUCAGCACGUUUCUGCAGUCGGCCCCAGACUUUAAACCAGCAGUUGACCGGAACGGAACCGGUGAGGAAGAGAGAGAAGCGGUCGAGGAUAAGGUACUGCGGGGGAAGAAGAAUGCCUACGCCAAUUGCGCCCAGAAGAUCAGCUGUCCUCAUUGUCCCAGAGUCUUUCCGUGGGCAAGCUCCUUACAGCGGCAUAUGCUGACUCACACAGACAGUCAGUCAGACCUGGAGAACGCAAGUGCAGGAAGUGAAGCGUUGGACUUGACCUCUGGAGAAAAAGACCAGCCAGAGGAGGCUGCUGAGCUUCCUGAACCUGAAGGCAGUCCCCACGAGGAGGACAAGGUCGACUCAUCCCGAGGAGAGGAAGAUGUACCGAUGAAAAUAAGCGAGGAUGAGGAGGGGCUGGAAGAAGACUCUGCCAGUAACAGAAGCCUGGACCUCAAUUUUGCUAGCAAGCUGAUGGACUUCAAGCUGGCUGAGAGUGACCAGAGCACAGGCAGCGGGGUUCAGACUGAACAGAGAUACAUCUGCAGCUUUUGUGGGAAAUCCUUCAAAUUUGCUAGCACACUCAACCGGCACAAAAAGGCCCAUGCACUAGAAGACAGGAGAGAUGAAAAGAACAGUGAGGAUGAAAGCAGAAAUGUUCAGGAUGAGGCCCAGGUACCUACUACAGAGGACCUUUCUCCUGAACCGGAAGAGCCGUCGAGUGACAUAAAGGUAGCCGAAUCUCCCACAGACGGCGAGGCUACGGGAAAGGAGAACGAAGAAAGCGAAAGCAUCUCGGAGGGGGAGAGCACGGAGAGGAAGUCUUCUGAGAAGAGUGACGACGACAGAAAGCCGAAAGCCAAUGGCGCGGCAAAGAAUGAGUCCAAGACCGACAAGAGAAAGAAGGUCUGUACAGUUUGCAACAAGAGAUUUUGGUCUCUGCAAGACUUGACAAGGCACAUGAGGUCCCAUACAGGGGAACGACCUUACAAAUGUCAAACCUGCGAACGGACCUUUACUCUGAAGCACAGCUUGGUUCGCCAUCAGCGUAUACAUCAGAAGGCAAAGAAUUCUCGGCAUCAUGGGAAGGAAAGUGACCGAGAGGACACCCACUCCAGGGGUGAUGAAGACAGUGAAAACGAGUCUCUCCAUAGCAGUACCAACCCCAUCUCUGAAAAUGAGUGUGACUCACUUGCGGGGCUUGGCGGCCAUUCACCCCUCACUCGAAGCCGGAAAGAGAGCCUCGCGAACGCUGCAAAGGAUUUCGCGUGCAAGGAUGACAGGCCUCACGUCAGAACCACUGGCCCCGGUUUUGCGGAGUCGAGCAAGAACGCACAGAAGCAAACGGCGAAAGAGCAGGAGUCUCGAGGGAAUGGCAACCACGACAGCUCGUCGGGAUUCAUACAGGAUUUGCUGGAGAUGCGCAACAAAAAAUCUUCCAUGAGUCACAUUCUUGCCUCUACAGAGAGCCCGCCUCAGCUCUUGGGAGUUGAGUGACAGUUAGGUAUCAGCCGCACCCCAGCAAGCUGGUCUGGCUCACAGAAUAAAAUGGAUGGCUCAAGGUUUUUUCAAAGAAAUUCCUCAAUGUUGAGUCAACCUGCUCUUGUCAUGCAGGAUGUUUGGGGCUGGGGUUGGGGGAAGAGGGAGAGACGGAAGAUGGCAGCCUGGAUUCAGUGCCAUAAGCCUUUCAGUAUAAAUAAUGCAAAAGACUACAGUUAUAUACUGAUAUGAGUGCCUUACUACUUUAUUAGGUCUUUUGGUAUCAUAGAUUUUUUUAAAAAAAACAAAAAAGAUGAUUUUUAAAAAAAAUAUAUUUUAAUGAAACUAUUUGGAGAGGAUCUUUUUCAUUUAAGCAUUAAUGUUACCUUUUUUGUAUUGAGGUGUGUGAGCUUGUUCUUGUAUAUCUGUGAUAGCCGCUGUGUGUGUUCUCUGAGCUGGAAACAAGGGGUCGGAGGGGCAGGGAAGCCCCUGGAAACAGCAGCCAAUAACUGGAAUAAAAUUUUAAGAAAUCCCCAAUAGAGGAACUAGGGAUAAAGGUGUUGAUUUGUUUUCCUCCUUUUCUUUAUUAGAUUUCUUUUAUAUUUGCUACAGGGGGGUGAGUUAAUCCAGUUCUGAGUAUUAAUAUGUUGAUUAAGGUAAUCAUACUUGGUCCAAGCCAAAAGCAGGAGAAACAAAAUAACAACCACAUAUUUUGCUUUCCACUCCCCUUGCAAUUAGCAAUGAUAAUGUUCUAGCUACUGUCAUUUUGAAAACGGCUCUCUCUGGCUAUUGUGGACUUUUGAGCAUACAGAAAGAGUUGCAUAGUGACUUAAGAAAACCUAUGGAAAUUAUGCACCAACUGUUAUAUAUGUUUGAUUUGUGCUUCAAUAUAUUAUUAUUAUUAUUAUUAUUUUUUAAUAUUUUAUAAAUGUUGUCGGUUUGCUAAUCUCUGCGUUCAGCAGAAACCAAUGGGCAAUAUUUGCCCACGGAGAUCUAUGACGCAGCUUGGAUUGCCUGCUUAAAUGUUUCUGACCUAACCUCUCACUGACUCUCCCUGGUGGGUUUGCAGCUUCUUCUACUGUAUUUGCGUGGAACCUUCUUCCUCGGGCAGAGGUGGCGAACCUAUGGCACUCCAGAUGUUCACGGACUACAGUUGCUGAUGGGAAUUGUAGUCCAUGAACAUCUGGAGUUCCAUAGGUUUGCCACCACUGGACUAGAGACUCAAAUGGAGGCCAUUUAAGCAAUGAUCAGGAAUGUGCUGGCGAUAGUUUCAAUUGUCACAGUUCAGUGUGAAUGGGUGGAAAGAGAGGGGCUGAGUGGUAGGAUGGGGUGACUCUCAGGGGGAGAAGGCUCACUGAAUGCACGUGGAAGGCCCUGCAAAUACAUUCAAGUUGAUGCUUGUUUGAAAUGGCAAUAGUUGCAUUUUUUUUACAUUGAUGAGCAAGAUGAUUCAGUCUUCCAGCUGAAAGAUGGAAAAGAAAAAUAAAUUUGAAAGCCUUAAAUGAUCUUGCAACCAUAAUGUGCUUUAAAGCAAGAAAAAAAUAUAUAUAUACUACUGGCAAUAAAAACUACAGAUAAUUCUUAGACAUGUCAGGUUGAUAGAAUAAACUUCCUUCUCAAGGUUUCUAGGGUUGAUGCUUAGAUUCUUGUGGGUUUUUCCUCCCUAAAUUUCCAAUGAUGGAAAUGCAUAUCUUGUUGCUGGCAACAGGAAAUGUGGUAAGCUGCUGAUAUUAAGGUGAUGAUCCGGAAGUCAGUUAAGCUGGUGUGCUGGAGGGAUAACUUGAAGUAUAUUAAUUACAAACAAACAAACAAACAAACAUGGAUUCAGUGGAAACUCAGUCUACCUAAAUGCAUUUAAGAUGGCUGCAUUGUUAAAUUCCUAUGUCACUGCUCAAGAUGCAAGUGCAAAACUAGGUCAAGAAACAGAAGGGCAUUAUAGGAGACUUAUAAACUUGUUUCGUGAGCCCUCCCAUGUCUUCUGCCAGUUUAUCUGAUUCUGUGCUCUCAUCUCUAAGAUGCAAGUACAGGGGAAAUGACACUGGAACACUGACCGUAAUUCGUUCACGGUGACUUCCUGUUUUCUCCUGUGAGGAAAGGAGCUUUUGGAAGGGCAGUGUUUUGUGACAGCCACAAUCUGUUGUAGAGCUUAAAACAGUUUGCCCCCUGAACUCUGGUUCAGACUGACUUGCGCAUCGGGCAUGGAUAUCCUUCUGCAGCAUCUGUAGCUUUUAGAAUGCUCAACAUAUGUAUCUUGUCCUUCAGUUUUGAGGGCAAACAAGUGGUAUUUCCGGAGCCCAACUAUGCUAUUUCUCUCAUUCAGGCCCCUGUGUAUAUCUUCCAAUGUUCUCAGAGCCAAUACCUCAGGUGAUUCUCCCAACCGAGCGCCAUUUGAACAAAUGGAACUUGUAUGGGGGAAAACUUAUCACACACCAUAUGUUCUCCUUCAAAAACGGAGGUUAAGUUUUUGUAUCCACUGUUUCCUGGAGGCCCAAAUCAGACAGCACAGGAAGAAGUUAAAAAUGCACCAUCCUGGAGUGAGAAAAUACUUCAUAUAAAAUUAAGGGGGGGGGGGGGGAGAAAUUCAGUUUAUAUUGGAAGAUGCAAAACCCAGCUUUGAAACCAUUUCUCCAGAAUAGUAAAAAAAAUCAGUACCAGUGAUUCCUUUAAAAAAAGAACACCCUUCUGCUGUGCGACUUUAAUCAAAGGCAGUUUGUGCAUCCCUUAAUUUUUAUUGCUAUUAUAUAAUUAUAUAAUUAUUAUUUGGGGGUGGGGGUACUUUUUGUUCUUGAUUUUAUUUUGCAAUUCUCCACACUAAACGGCGUCAUACUGUGGAGGAGAAGCCAUCAACUAAAUAAAGACUGGCAAACGCGUCCGCCUUCCCUCUCCCAGAUUGUAAGGGGCACUGAAAGACCCCUUGUGACCUGCUGGGUGCUUAAUUAUCUCCUGAGCAGGCGACAGCAUUUGUCUGUGUGUCACGUAGGGUUGGGGUGGGGGGUGCAGGCGGGUUUGACAAGCCUGAACUAAACUUUAUGCUGCAGGAAUAAUGUAGCAAGUAAAUUUCCCAGCAUUCUGCCGGGACAUCUGCUAGCAAUAAUCACUAUUGAUUUAAAGCUUUAUUUAGCCUUUAUCUAUAUCCUAGUAGAUUAUAAAAUCUUGCCACAUUUUAUUGAUGUUUUUGUUAGUUGCAUUUGAUGGAGGAAGAAAAAUCCUUGUUUGUGAUCCCCGCCCUCCCUCGCUGCCCUUGCUUACGUUCACGACUCCCUAUAUUAAACUGUGAAACUUGUAAUGUGUUUAAACUAUGGGUGAAUCUUAGGUAGGCUUAGGUCUUGCAUGUUCAGAUAAUUUGUCUCUCGCCAUUUUUGUUUCGUUUUUUUCUCCUCUUCUCUCAGGGCUUUUAAAAAGACAAACAAGCGUGGUUUUUUUUUUUCCUGAAAAUUUCUUCUCGGAUUUGCAAUCACUACAUUAAGCACUUGACUGUGAAAGCAUCAAAAGGAAAGGAAACCGGAUUACAAGCGGAGUGGAUGGUUGCAGCUAUGUUGAAAUAGCUGUUCUAGAGGUGGCUCUGUUGAUGUUUCAGUUGCAGCUUCUGAAUGAUUCAGAAUUCCCCUCCCCCUGUUUACCCGAAUACUUCCAUUGCCCCCAUAGCACUCACUGGAAUGCCUCCUGGUCCGGUGAUCAGCCUGUGUGUGUGUUGUUACCCGCUUUGUUGGGUUUUUUUCGUGGAACUGUGGUGUAGGGGGUGAGUAGGAACGAGGAUGGAGCAAGCGUUGCAUCAAAUCCUCUAGCCUUUCGAAUUAAUUACGGAGGGGGAAAGAGCUGGAAAUGACAUAAUGAACCCUUACCUCCUUGGUAUAAUAAAUCCAUGCCUAUGUUUUUUUUCCAGUCCCCGUAAAACAGGUGUCCAACUCUGGUGCUUCAGAUGUUCAUGGACUGCAAUUCCCAUCAGCUGAUGGGAAUUGUAGUCCAUGAACCUCUGAAAUGCCAGAGUUGGACACCCUGCUGUAAAAUGUCAUAUUGCUUUUGAGGAGCCAAAGUAUCCAUGGUAAGCGCCCUUUGGUAUCUGUCUACACUGGUAGUAGAAUUGUUACCAGAAUUGGGAGGGAGGCUCUCUCUCCUUUUCUCUACUCAAGAAGGAAGUUUGAUCCUAAACUUUUCAGCCCCUGCAAGGAAACAACAAUUAGUAUGUAGAAUUUAUAUGUAUAAAUAUUUUUUUUCUAAAGGGAACUUUAUAAAACUGCUGCUACAAGUUGUGUACAAGACUGGUUUAUGCCACAUGAACAGAGAAUCACACAUUUUUGUUUGGGUACUUCUGCUCCUCCUCUUAUUCAGUUGUAUGUUACUUCCAAAUUCAAAAUGAUGAAAAUAAUGCUGUUCUGUAUAAAACAAUCUACGCAAUAAAAUGUUAUAUUUAAAAAAUAA